AACAACGCCGCUACUUGCGGGCCAGAAUCCCUCUUCAACCUUCUGCUUUCUCGGAGGGGCACCUUCAACCGACUCCGCGGCGCACCGGCAGCGGCUUCCCGAGCUGUGAACAGAACGAGUGGAAAUAAACAACCUCGACACACAGACACAAUGUCCUUCCUGUCGGUCAGCAGGCUAGCGCCUAAACUGCUCAACUCAAAGAAUGCCGCCUACUUCCUCGUGGCAGCCAGAAAUGCCAGCGCAUCAACAACAAAUCUGAAGGAUGUCCUGGCAGACCUCAUCCCUAAAGAACAGAGCAGGAUCAAGAACUUUAAACAACAGUAUGGCAAAACCAACAUAGGACAGAUUAAUGUUGACAUGGUCUAUGGAGGCAUGAGGGGCAUGAAGGGCCUGGUGUACGAGACCUCCGUGUUGGAUCCUGAGGAGGGCAUCCGUUUCCGAGGCUACAGCAUUCCAGAGUGCCAGAAGCUGCUGCCAAAAGCUCCAGGAGGUGAGGAGCCGCUGCCCGAGGGCCUCUUCUGGCUGCUGGUCACGGGACAGGUGCCCACCGAGGAGCAGGUGAACUGGGUGUCCAAAGAGUGGGCUAAGAGAGCCGCGCUUCCCUCUCACGUUGUCACCAUGCUGGAUAACUUUCCCACAAACCUCCACCCCAUGUCCCAGUUCAGCGCUGCCAUCACCGCCCUGAACAGCGAGAGCGGCUUUGCACGGGCUUACUCUGAGGGUGUCCACAAGACCAAAUACUGGGAGUUCGUCUAUGAGGACUCCAUGGACUUGAUCGCCAAGCUACCCUGCAUCGCCGCCAAGAUCUACCGCAACUUGUAUCGCGAAGGCAGCAGUAUCGGGGCCAUCGACUCCAACCUGGACUGGUCCCACAACUUCACCAACAUGCUGGGCUACAGUGACGCUCAGUUCACCGAGCUAAUGAGGCUCUACCUCACCAUCCACAGUGACCACGAAGGAGGAAAUGUCAGCGCUCACACCAGCCACUUGGUGGGUAGUGCCCUGUCUGACCCCUACCUGUCCUUCAGCGCUGCCAUGAACGGUCUGGCUGGUCCUCUGCACGGCCUGGCCAAUCAGGAGGUGCUGGUGUGGCUGACCGCCCUGCAGAAGGAGAUGGGCGGGGAGGUGUCCGACGAGCAGAUGAGGGAUUACAUCUGGAACACACUCAAGUCUGGACGGGUUGUUCCCGGCUAUGGCCACGCCGUCCUGAGGAAGACUGACCCACGUUACACCUGCCAGCGCGAGUUUGCCCUGAAGCACCUGCCCAACGACGCCAUGUUCAAGUUAGUCGCCCAGCUUUACAAGAUUGUACCCAACGUGCUGCUGGAGCAGGGUAAGGCCAAGAACCCCUGGCCCAAUGUCGACGCCCACAGCGGAGUGCUGCUGCAGUACUACGGCAUGACUGAGAUGAAUUACUACACCGUGCUGUUCGGCGUGUCCCGUGCCCUCGGCGUGCUCGCUCAGCUGGUGUGGAGUAGAGCUCUCGGCUUCCCCUUGGAGCGCCCCAAGUCCAUGAGCACAGAUGGACUGAUGACACUGGUGGGAACCAAGUCGGGCUGAAGAAUCACCUGAAAAGGAGCUUCUGGGGGGUUAGUGUGAAAAAGGGUGGGAGGAAGUGGAAACAUCAACAACAACAACAAAAAAAAAAGAAAAAGAGCAGACAUAAGUUGACCCCCCCUGUCAUUUCCAAGCCCAGGGAUUGAAUGGGAUUCAAAGAGACAGUACGCUUUUAAUGUCAUUUCACAAAAGAAGGGCCUUUUUUAAAACCGUCACAUCAUUAGUGUUUGAGUGUGUUUAGUUAACGGCCGACGAGUUUUCCCCAUCACGUCUCUGUAUUUGGAGCACGGGAGGUGAAAACUUGAGACACACACAUGUUAACCCAUCGUAGGCUCAGACUAUGUACCAUUAGAAGUCUGCCAGCACCGCUAAGACCCCCCCUCCUCUCUGUGCAGUGCCUGUGUGUUUGUCAUUGGGCACUGGGACUAUGAAUAGGCAGUGGCAUUCAAAGGGAACCGUGGGAGUGAAACACACCUCCUGUGGAUUUGUUUAAAAUCUGAAAUACCUGACUCAACUUUCUGCUUCUUUUUUGGCUAACGACGCAGUGCUUUUCGUUUUAUAGGACACCCCCCUCUCUCUCCCCCUCCCUCUAAUUAUUAAAAACUUAGUUUCUUCUAUGCAACGUUCCCAGAUGUCACCCCACCGAGUCUAUCCAUGCGUUUCACUCCCAUUUAUGAACACUCCAGUUUUAAACAAGGAAAAAAAAAAAGGUCCUCACGAGUAAAAGUUCAAGAUAAACAUUCGAAUCAGUUAAAAGAUACUGCCCCUUUAAAUCUUUGAUUCCCUAACAUGUAGUUCUGUUUUCUUUUUAACGACCUGUAACCCCUCUAUGAUCAAAAUAACUCUUCCGUCUCGUCUGUAUAGAAGCGAUUUGUUCCUCCGCUCCUUCUCGUUCACAUGCUAUAUAUAAAUAUAGGUCUCUCCUCUCAGGCGGGGGGAGGACGAUGAAUAAUGUACAGUAACAAUCCAGAUUUGAGCAAAGGGUGUUGUAAUCGGCAGCCUGGAGUAAAAUCCUUAAGAGCAAGCUUGAAUGUAAACGUGGGAUGGGGGUGGGGAAGGGGUUGGGCUUUGUAUUGGUUUAAAAAAAAAAAAAAAGAAAAAGUCCUGUCUUAUUUGAGUGUGUGUUUGUUACUUUAUCCCCACAGGAGAGCGCUUUAAAACAUCAACUACUCCAAAAGGAGCACUUGCUUGAUUGGAUUUCCUAAUUUCGUAGCGGUAGAACCCUCCCAUGGUUGAUUGAUUGUGUCCUCCCCCUUUUACAGUUUUUUGGUGUUGAAUGAAUAUGUACAAAAACUAUAAUCUUUGGGUUCUCAUUUUGUGGUUUUAUUUAUACUUUGUGUACAUAGGUAUAUAUAUGUAUAGCUUGAAUGUAUGAGCUCUGUGCGAUCACUUGCUUGUAAUAACCACAAUGAUUACCAUAGUGUACCAACAGUGUAGUGUGUCCAGUCCUAAACUGUAAAUCUUAGUACUCAACUGGUCACUGUGAGAUUCUGACGACGAACAAAAUUAAAGAAAAUAACCGCAGCUAUCUUGUAUAUACACGAUUCCUCGCUUAGCUUUUUUUCCUUCAGGUGUUUUCACUUGAAUGUUUCAAGCUUGCUCUUAAAGUUUUUUUUAGGUUUGUCAACACUCCAUUUUUGUGUAGCUGAAGCUCUCGCGUCUUUCGUUUUAGUCAGUCAGUUGACUCGGAUCGUUCUGCUGCCACCUUUCCUUCUGGCUUCUUUAUCAGGCGUUUGUUUGUUUUUUGUUUUUAUUGUAGUGUUCUUCCAUGUGGUGGUUCAAGAGACGUGGUUAUUUUGAUCGUAGAGGAGCGCGAAGGGUUGUGUACGUGAUAACUGGGAGAAUUCAUUGCAGGUGGACUCGAUCAGAGAAACACUUUGGGGGGGACGGGGCCGACUGGGUCAAAAGGGGCAAAGCUUUGAAGAGCAAAUAUUGGAAAACCUAACAAAAAAUGAAAAAAUAAUAAAGGUUUUUAUUAACAA